UUAAGUUUCACUUCCGCGUUGGAACAAGAACGACUUGACGGCAUGAUCCUUUCAAUCAUGCAAUCGUUUUAAUGAGAAUAUUGACAAGAUUCUGUAGCUUCGCCGUGUGCAGAUCGAUACCUGCGGAUAUUCUUACAUGAUGUUGUUAAGUGUUGUUUAAAGACAGUUGCAACUGUUUGGGAAGGAGAAACUGAGACCCCAUUAAGGCUGGGCACAUCUAGACAACUACUUAAGACACACUAUUUAUCUCCAGUAAAUAUAUUCACAUAUUUCAGCCCGUUCUAAAAGGUGCUUCUUCUGUCAUGUUGCAGCCUUUGAGAAUAAUCACUCCACUGUUCUUACUGCUUGUUGGAGUACGAGCGAAAGACAACACAGAUAACUGCAAGCUGAAUUUUGAGAGUGAAUCGGAGAGAAAAGUGCUUCGCUUAUUGGAGCCCCUAACCAAACAGAACUUCACCGUGGAGGCUAAAGAGAAGGAAAAAUACUCCUACAUUUUUCAGGUGUGUGGUGACGCAGACGGAAUGAAGAAUGCAGGUCUUGUGCAGAGGGAAAAUGUCAAUGGAAAACAGACAUUAGUUGGGAACUACAGUCAAACUCGAGCUAUUGGAGGAAGUGACUGGGUUCUGCUUAUCUAUGAGGGGGGAGAAAAGUAUGAUAGUCACUGUUCAAAAGAGCCAAGAAAAGCAAUGAUUAUGAUUUCUUGCAGUAAAACCGCUACUAAGAGUGCAUUUAAAGUGGUUCAGGAGGACAGGGAGAGGCAACAGGACUGUUUUUACCUUUUUGAGCUGGACACCAGUGUAAUCUGCCCUGUAACUCCAUCUAAACUCAGUGCUGGCUCCAUACUGCUCAUUGUUGCAUUCUCCUGCCUAGCCCUGUAUCUCACUGGUGGGUUCCUCUAUCAGCGUCUGGUGGUUGGGGCCAAGGGAGUUGAACAGUUCCCCAACUAUGCAUUUUGGUCAGAGAUCGGCAACUUAACUGCUGACGGAUGUGAUUUUGUGUGUCGUUCCCGUGGCAACAGAGAAGAACCGCCUACAUAUAGAGGUAUGGCUACUGAACCUCUUGGGGAGGAGCCAGAGGAAAGAGAUGACCAUUUGCUUCCCAUGUGACCAAAUUAAAACAACCAAUGAGAAGAGGCUGGACAGUUUUUGGAACCCAAAGAGGGAUGUUUAGUUCAUGUGUGUUCCUAGUUCAGAAGUGCUGCUGUUUGUUUCUGUUUUUAACCAGUGGCACUUAUCCUCUAUUUAUUCCCCUUAUAUGUUGAUUAGAUGUUUGUUAAUUGAAUAAGAUUACUAACUAGUUUUUGAAAGUCCAAAGACUCGCAGGUAAAUUUUAUAACAAGAUUUCAAAAAACACACAACAAUGGCCCUCUUUUCUCUCUUUAUAGGAUGUAAAAGAUUUUACCACUGCUUGUCAGAGCUUUACUGUGUGAUAUGGUCACCACAGAGAUGUAGUUUGUAUAGAAUAUAAGUACUUUUUAGUGUGAUUAUAGGAAAUGGUUGGAAAUGAUUGACUUUACAGAAUAUUCAGAAAAUGUUGUGAAAUUAAUUAUUUGAGAAGUUAUUAAACAUUCUAGAUUCACAAUUACAAAUAUGCUUUGCUUUACCAUUCCAAAAAGCGGAUUUGUUUGUUGGGGAAUAUUGUGUUUGUAUGGAGGAAGUUUAAAGUUAUCUGUCAAACAAGACCUGUGCUUUUUUGAGGCUUACUCUGAUGUCUUCAUAAAACGUGUUUUCAGUCUGUUAUAACUGAUACUAAUGAUAAAUUGGCAUCCUUAAAUGUUAUUAAUAGAAUACAUUUGAGAAAUAAAAAGAUUACAGAAGAGAAACCUUUAUGGUACAAACCGUUAUUUGAUUUACAUCAGUUAACAGUUUGCAGUGAAGUAUGUUUCAUUUGGUGGAUUUUCUUUAUUUUUACAAUAAGGUUCCAUUAGUUAACAACAUUGGUUAACAUGAACUAACAAUGAACAAUACUUUUACAGCAUUUAUUAAUCUUGGUUACUGUUAAUUUCAACAUAGUAAACCUUUUUUUUUUUUUUUUUUUUUUUACAUUAGUUAAUGCAAUAUGGACUAACAUGAACCAACAAUGAACAAUUGUAUUUUUAUUAACUAACAUUAACAAAGAUUAAUAAAUUCUAUAAACAAUUAAUUUGUUGUUUGUUCAUCAUACUUAAUGUAUUAAUUAAUGUUAACUAAUGGAACCUUAUUGUAAAAUGUUAGCUUUUUUCUUUGUGUCUUUGUUUAAUUCAUAUUGUAAAUAUUUACGGGAAAGUUCACCCAAAAAUGAAAAGUCUGUGAUCAUUUGUUCCAAACCAGUAUUCUUGUGUGAAACACAAAAGAUGAAAGUCAAAAUAUUAGGGACUGAUAGCCUCGGUCACCAUUCACUUUCAUUGAAUGGCCAAAAAGCAGAGUCAACAAUGUUUAAAAAAUGUUCUCAUGUUCCUCAGAAAAAAGCCGUAUGACUUUUUAACCACAUGAGUGUGAGUAAAUGAUGACAGAAAUUUCAUUUUUGGGUGAACUAUCCAUUUAAAAUGGUUCGUUGUGUGAUCAGUUUCAUACAGUUCAAAAUACUGUAAUCUUCACUGGGAACAACAGAACAAAAUUCCAGACUAUGACAGAACAGCAGUAUAUUUUUCUUUUAAAGCAAGCUUUUUCCUCAAGUAUUGUGUGUUUGAUUGCACUGAAGCUUUGAACUUAAUUUGAUUUGUAGUGGAGUUGCUCAGUUUUGUCCAAACAUAACCAUGAGGUCAUGAAUGAGCUUACAAACUCCAGUUUUUUAGUUGUAGUUCACAGCUUUACAAGAAUUUCAGAAUUGAGGAGGAGUAGAGCUGAUAUGGUUAUAAACCCAAGCCACAUAGAGUGCUGUAUAAUGUAUCAUUUAAGUGUUUGUCUAUAUGUAAAAGUAUGUUAAAUGGCUCUUUGACAAGAGCUUCAGAGUGUAAAUGCUGGUUAAGUAUCUGCUUUAAAAACCAGGGUCUAUAUUAUUCGUAUGACAGCUUGGUACUUCAUGAGAUACAGGCCUGUGCGAAGAUGUUACUUUACUGUUCUUGCUACUGCUUUUUUGUUCUUUAUAAUUUCAGUGAGAGAAACAAUACACUUUUUGCUUUGGAGUAGAAAUGAUAAAUAAAGUUUUUGAUUAUG